GGCCGCGUGAAUGGAGCGCCCGGCGUAAAGCAAAGCCUGGCCCCGUCGCGCGGCCGGUACCUGCUCCCGAGCGUGAGUGCUGGCUGUCCGCCCUGCGCGUGCGCGCUGGGAGGGAGUGCGAGGCGAGCGCGCUGGGCCGUUGCGGGCGCGUGACUGCUGAGGUUGGCGGCGGCCGGCGCGCCGCGCGCCCGACGGGCCGAUAGUUGCGGGGCCUCCCUCCUCGCCUAGGGCUGCUAGCCACCGUGGCGGCCGCCGCGGACCGCAAAGGUCGGAGGAAAGGAGGGAGCCGGCCCCGGCACACGGAAGAACAGCCGAGCAUGCCCCGAGACAACAUGGCUUCCCUGAUCCAACGGAUCGCCCGCCAGGCGUGCCUCACCUUCCGGGGCAGCGGGGGUGGCCGCAGCGCUUCCGACCUUGGCUCGGGGUCUGGCCCGGAGGCGCCGAUGCCUCCUGGCUUCCUUGAAAACCUGAGCAAGCUGAAGAGCCUGCUGACCCAGGUCCGUGCCGAGGACCUCAACAUCGCCCCGCGUAAGGCCACGCUGCAACCGCUGUCGCCCAACCUACCGCCGGUCACCUACAUGCAUAUAUACGAGACUGACGGCUUCAGCCUUGGCGUGUUCCUGCUCAAGAGCGGCACGUCCAUCCCGCUCCACGACCACCCUGGCAUGCACGGUAUGCUCAAGGUCCUCUACGGCACCGUGCGCAUCAGCUGCAUGGACAAGUUGGAGGCGGGCAGCGGGCAGCGACCACGGGCCCUGCCGCCAGAGCAGCAGUUCGAGCCGCCGCUGCAGGCCCGAGAACGGGAGGCUGUGCGGCCCGGAGUAUUGCGCUCUCGGGCUGAGUACACCGAAGCCAGCGGCCCUUGCGUCCUCACCCCUCACCGGGACAACCUGCACCAGAUCGACGCGGUGGACGGACCCGCUGCCUUUCUGGACAUCCUGGCCCCACCCUACGACCCGGACGAUGGCCGUGACUGCCACUAUUACCGGGUGCUGGAACCUGUCAGGCCCAAGGAGGCCUCUGGCUCUGCCAGUGACCUGCCCCGAGAGGUGUGGCUCCUGGAAACCCCGCAGGCUGAUGACUUCUGGUGCGAGGGAGAGCCCUAUCCAGGUCCCAAGGUCUUCCCUUGAAGCAAAAGGCGCCACGGAGAGUUGGGCAGAAGACGUGCCGUACCCUUAUCAGCCUGGCUGGCUGUGACCCACCACAAGGGCUCGCUCUCUCUCUCUCUCUCUGCCCCCUAUGCCGGGUGUUGGAUGUACUGGAGUGAGCAACAGCCGGUUCCUCUGCAGCUUGGGAAGCAGGGGCGACUGGACCACAGCCACCCGGCACGGUUAUGGGGGCGGGGUGGGCGGGAGGCUAGGUUUCCUGGUACUGUCAUUGCCACUGGGGCUUUGAUCUGUGGGAGUGGGCUGGGGACUCUGAAGCGCUUCCAUCCUAGAGCCAUAAUGAAAAUAUGCUUCCUUGGUAAACCAUUCUGUACAGAAUACACUAAAUGAUUUUCUUAAUCCCACUCCUUUGGUAAAUAGGAUUUGGUUUUCACUGCUGCCCUUAUGACCUUUUGAUCCUUAUAGUUUUAACUUAUUGACUGAGCAUGACCCAGUGGUUUGAAUUGUUUGUAGUUCAAGUCAUUGGUACAAACCAAGUUCUAAGAGUUGAGCUACUUUGAAAGUAAGUUGUCUUGCCUAAUUAAUUCCGUGUAAAAACUAAAUCGUCUUUUCAGAAUUUGGAUAUCACUGUCAAAACAACUAUGCAUGUCAAGGACAAGAUUUAUUCUCUUUCUUCCGCUUGCCCAGUAGCCACAUCUGGUUUACUGGGGCAGCAUCUACUAAGAAAUUCACCUGCAUAUCUCAGAGAGCUGGUCACUUAGGGCUCAUCUCCCUUCCCCGCCAACAAUCUCCAGAUCUCUGUGAGUUGAGCAGAUUUCUUGUUGCAGAUUCACCUUAAAUGCAAGGACCAUGUUAUCCUCAAGUGACGUUUUUCUUGUCUCAAUGAGUUGAUAGUGUAAUCUUGUGUUUUCUAACCAGAAGAUUCAGAGAACCUGAAUCAGUUAUGCUUCCAAAAAACUGAAUGUAAAACCUCUAGUCAAUGUUGAAAUCCAUACCCCUGUUUAUUUCCAAUAUCUUCUUGUAAAAGUAGAUAAAUAUUGUUUCACAUUCUCCCAAGAACUCUACUGUUUCAGAGGGCUGUGGUUCUAGCUGCCUUGCUGGCAGUGUUGUCUCAGCCCUCAUCCUCAAAUAAUAGAGUGCUGUGAAUUUGUUUCAUCUGAUGUCGAUUUCUGUAGGAAGAAGCAGAAACAAGAGGUGGAAGGCAUAGAUGAUCUAGCCUGGAGAAAUAAUAAAUAACUAUAUUACUAGCCAUUUAGAGCACCAAAACUUGGGAUGAAAUAUUUUCUGCUCCCAAUUCUUGAUACGAACAGUUGUGCUAUCUCUAGUUUUAUUUUUGUCCUUUUUGUAGCCAGAGCAACUUUACCUUAUGUACAGAUGUAUUAACACAAUUUACUUAAGGCCAUAGAGCACUAUUUGCCUCUUUUUACUAUUUAUAGGAUUCCUUUUUUCACAUAACUUUUCAUAAAAACAAACUAUAGAAAUAAACACAUUAAAAUUUGCCCAGCUGUCGUCUAUGUCCUCUUGAUUGACUUGGCCAUGUGGCAGUAGAGUUCUAAUAUCUGUAAUAAAGGGAUUUACUGGUAUUGGUGAAAAAUGUGUGUUGCCCCUAUUGGGGAACAAUAUGUGCCUUUCCCUCUUGAUGCAUACUAGAUUACAGAGACCCAGAGUAAAGAAGUAUUUGUUCCCAAUUUUUAAAAUAGUAUGAAAAAAAGCAAAUUCUUAAUGAGUGAUUUUUUUUUUCCUUAAACAAAAAAGAUGCAACACCACAAGCCACUGAAAACCUGUUGUAAAACCUGAUACAGGUGUAAUACCAAGCAUUUCCUCCAGGGCUGCUAAAAUUACCUUAUUGUAGAUCUCCUGAUAAUGUGGGUUAAAAUGCCUUGAGGGCAAUCUGAAGCCCCUCUUCAGGACUUUCAAUUUGAAAUAAAUUCUAGGUAUGAUGAUUUUCUUAGAAAACUUCACUAAAUAAAAUGUAUUCAUAAUUGUGUGAUUAUCAGUCACAUACUCUUGUGAAUUACAUUGUAGCAAAAGUUGAUUAAUAUACAAGGAUUGUUGAUAGUAAUGUAUGUGUUACAAUGCAAUUUGGAGUUCAUUAACCUACAGAAACACAUCCUGGAAAUAGAACAGUAAUAAAGAAUUAUGAAAGACUUAAUUACCAAAAAAAGUGUUAACAUUCUCAAUUAUAAGCAAUUUGUACGAAAAAAGUUUAAGGUGCUUUUCAAAGGAAUAAAUCAUUCCAGGCCAAAAUGGCAAUAUGAUCUCUUUCUGGUCUAGUUUAAUGAGAAUAGAGAAACUUCUGGUUCACUAAUAAAUUCUGAGUAAAUUAAUGGUGAAAAAAUGUAACAUUUUAAUGAGCCACUACAGACAGAAUAUGCUCAUUACAAAGUAAAUGUGCAGAAAAAUUCUUGCACCUCUAUGCAUAAACUGUUAGUCAAGACUGACUUGGUGUGCUGCUACUGUAUUUCCAUAUAAUUCUGCAACAUAGAUUGUUUUAGUAGCAACUGUGGUAUAAAAAUGAUCUUCCCCCUAGGAAAAACUAGUGAGCAAAUAAUAUUAAUUAACUUUUUUUCUGUUGAAUAAUAAAUGCAAUAAUUACUUCUUAUGGAUGAGAGAGUUCUAAAUACUUCUGAAGAUUUAAAAUUCCCUAAUUAUGGCAGUGACCAGUUAUAUGAAUGCAGAAUAUUAUGUACCUACCUAGGAUUUUGAGAUUUUUUUUUUUUUACUAUAAUUUGAUGGGUUGAAUUUACACUUGCUGCUGUUCAUUAAUGAAAAUGAUAGUAGUAUGUUUUAUCAACAGGAGUUUUCUGAGCUUAUCAACAGUAUCCCUUAACUGCUCAGAAUGCACACUUUUUAUUUGCUUUGUCUCUUUGUAGUUGCCUUAGUCUUGGCAUCUCAGGAGAACACUAUUAUCACUCCUCUAUGAUUCUGAAUCCUGUGCUCUAGCUCUAUCCAAGGAAGAAGCAAUAUAUCUGUAAUUCAGACCUCUACCCAUUGCUGUUGCCUGAGAGCAGUGCUACUCCUAUAACUGUAGGUGUAAAUUCAGAACGUAAGGUUACAUAUUGACAUUGAGCACUGGAAAUCAUUUGCUAAUGAUGUGGAAUCUUCAAAUCCAAGCAUAUUUUUAUUUCCGGAUUAAAAUCAGUGUAUUUAUAGAAAAUAAAGGCAUGUUUUAAAUUUUUA